AUGGAUGAAGAGGGAGCGUUGCCGGACCAUCUGCGCUGUGGCCGGACAGACGGCCGGCAAUGGCGGUGCAAACGGAGAGUCAUGGACGACAUGAAGCUCUGCGAGAUUCACUAUCUCCAAGGACGGCACCGUCAGUUCAGAGAGAAAGUCCCGGAGUCACUCAAACUCCAGAGAAAGCCUAAAAACGCACCGAGCAGAGAUCAAAACCACAACGGCGUCAAAAUUAGGGCACGGAAAGUCGACAAUUUGGUGAAGUUGUUGAAGAGGAAGCGAUCCGAGGAGACGUUGAAGAAAAGUAAGAAGAGGAAGAAGAAGAUGAAGUUGAAGAAGAGCGAGUUGAAUUUGGAGCUUAUACGAAUGGUGCUGAAGAGGGAGGUCGAUAAGAGGAACCAGACGAAGAAGAAGAAGGUUGUGGAGGAAGAGAGUGAGGAUGAUGACGAUGAUGAUCAUGAUGAUCUCACCAGAGACUUGCCUAAUGGCCUAAUGGCAAUUUCUUCGUCUUCGUCACAGUCGCCACUGCUUCGUUCCGGCAAUGCAGGUUCCAAUUCGUCUUCUGAUGGUAAGGUUGGGGUUGAUAUGGGGCCUGCUGCUAUGCGGCGGAGGUGCUUUCGGUCCAAGAACAUCGAGCCAAUGCCUGCUGGCACAUUGCAGGCGAGCUCUGACUUCAACCUUUAUGAUAAUAUGGUUUUGCCAUAUAAUGUGGGGAAAUUGAGAAGGGGUAAGAGGAAAAGGUGCCAUUGGUGUCAAAGAAGUGGGAGUGGUGUUUCUUCCUGUCUAACUAAGUGUUCGAGUUGCCAAAAGCAUUUCUUUUGCUUGGGUUGCAUCAAAGAAAGGUAUUUUGAUACACAAGAUGAAGUCAAGAUGGCGUGUCCAGUUUGUCAAGGAACUUGCACCUGUAAGGAAUGCUCUGAAAAUCAAUCAAAAGACGCUGAAAGUAAGGAUUAUUUGGGGGUUAAGAAUAAAGUUGAAGUAAUAUUACAUUUCCAUUACCUGAUCUGUAUGCUUCUUCCCGUGCUAAAACAAAUAAACCAAGAUCAGAAAGUGGAGCUAGAAGCAGAGGCAAAAAUGAGAGGGGAAAAACUAUCUGAAGUUCAUAUCAAGAAGGCUGAAUAUAGCUGCAAUGAACAACAGUGCUGCAAUAAAUGCAAAGCUUCAAUUGUGGAUCUCCAUAGAAGCUGCCCAAAUUGUUCCUAUAACCUUUGUUUAAGUUGUUGUCGAGAUAUUUUUAACGGGAGCCUCCUUGGAGGUAUUAACACAUCUCUCUCAAAGCACUCUAACAAAAAGAAAAAUUGUGCCUCUGGUAAGGGGCAACUUUUAAAGAAGCCAAUAGCCAACCGUAAGCAAAAUGUCCGCAGUGUGUACCUUUCUUCUUCUGCAUCAGUACUCAGCUUGAAAACUUGUAAUGCUGUUAAGGGUAUAUCUUGCCCACCUAAGGAGUUCGGAGGUUGUGGUGACAGCCUCCUUCAUUUGAGAUGUGUUUUCCCAUUAAGUUGGAUCAAUGAGCUAGAAGUAAGUGCAGAAGAAAUAGUUUGCAGCUACGAAUUUCCAGAAACUUCUGACAUGUCUUUGUGCUGCACACUAUGUUUGGGCAUGGACCAGAAAGUUGAUGGAAUUAAACAGUUGCAAGAAGCGGCUGUGAGAGAGAACUCAAAUGAUAACUAUCUGUACUGCCCCACGCUUUUGGAGAUACAUGGUGAUAAUGUUGAGCACUUUCAGAAGCACUGGAGUAAAGGUCAUCCUGUUAUAGUUCGAGAUGUGCUUCAAACUACGUCAGAUUUGAGUUGGGAUCCAGUGUUAAUGUUCUGCACUUAUCUUGAGAGGAGCAUUGCUAGCUAUGAAAACAACCAGAAUUCACACGAAGCUAUCCACUGCUUGGAUUGGUGUGAGGUGGAAAUUGGAAUCAGGCAGUCUUUUAUGGGUUCAUUGAAGGGGCAGGGACAAAGGAAUAUGUGGAAUGAGACACUGAAGUUGAGGGGUUGGCUUUCUUCGCAGUUAUUUCAGGAACAGUUCCCAGCUCAUUAUGCUGAAAUAAUACGAGCUCUACCACUUCAAGAAUACAUGAAUCCCAUGUCGGGUCUUCUAAAUCUUGCGGCAAGGAUGCCACAGGAAAUCCCAAAACCUGAUCUAGGUCCCUGUGUUUAUAUUUCAUAUGGCUGCACUGAGCAACUUGUACAGGCUAAUGCAGUGAUAAAGCUAUCUUAUGACUCAUAUGAUGUGGUUAACAUUUUGGCACAUACAUCAGAUGUCCCUAUCUCUGAAGAACAAGUUUCUAAAAUAAGAAAGUUACUGAAAAAGCACAAGGCUCAAUAUCAGAGGGAAUCUUCUAGAGCUACUUCUGAACAAACUAUUGCAAAAAAAGUCAAAGGAGAAUCAGUAUUGCACAGUGAACCCAUGGAAGAAGCAGGGUCGCAUAAUGUGAUUGGAGAAGAGAUGCAUUUACGCAAAAGAGUUGCUAGAGAAUCUUGCUUUUCCACACAUGCGGCAUGCACUAGGAAUCUCAAAGAAAGUAAUAUGCCCCACGAUGGGGAGUCUGAUUCUGAGACUGAUUCUGAAGCUACACUAAGUAGCUCUGAGACAAUCGAUGAUGAUGCUGAAACGUCCAAAGAUAAAAUGUCUCAGGUUCUGCUUGAAAGCUGCAAUGGCUAUAAAAGGAAAACCUUGGCCGAGUCUUGUGGUGCCCAAUGGGAUGUUUUCCGCAGACAAGAUGUUCCAAAACUUAUACAAUAUCUCAGAAGGCACUCUAAUGAAUUUACUCGUAAAUUUGACAUUCAUAAGCGUGUUGAUCAUCCAAUUCUCGAUCAGAGUUUCUUUCUAGACUCAAGUCACAAACUAAGGCUUAAGGAGGAAUUUAAAAUUGAACCUUGGACUUUCGAGCAACAUAUUGGAGAAGCUGUCAUCAUCCCUGCUGGAUGCCCAUACCAGAUUAGGAGUCCUAAGUCUUGUGUACAUGUGGUGCUGGACUUUGUCUCACCUGAAAAUGUUGAUGAGUGCAUCCAGUUGACUGAUGAAGUCCGUCUGCUUCCAGAAGAUCAUAAAGCAAAAGUUGACAAGCUAGAGGUGAAGAGAAUGGCCCUUUAUAGUAUUAGUUCAGCAAUCAAAGAAAUACGUGAGCUUACAUGUGCAAUGUAA